CGGUUUCGGGCCAAUCAUAUGUUCCUACAAAUAUUAUUAAUUUGUUGCGACUCAGCGUUCGCUUUCCUGGUCCCGUUUGUCGGCGAAUUUCAAUUUUGUCAAGUCGUUACAUAAUAUUCGGUACCGAGAGCGCAAUGGAAGCAUGAUGCUGACCUGCCUGGCGAAUUGUGUCCGCGGCUGCCGCGGCCGCGUCCUUCUGCCCAUCCGGACGGCCAAGAUGAGUUUCUCAACCAGAUUGGCCGAGGUCGGCAGGCUGGAGGCGCCGAAGGAGUCGGGCGCCUACGAGACCGGACAGUUGUUCCUGCACAGGGUCUUCGGCUACCGGGGCCUCAUCCUGUUUCCUUGGCUCGCCAGGGUGUACGACAGAGACCUUAACACUAAAAAAGAAAAGCUCGGUGAUGCGACCGAAAACCUGAAUAAUAACAACCAGCAGCAGCAGGGGAGGGAGGUCAAAGGGCGGACGCACACCUACUACCAGGUCUUGAUCGACGCCCGUGAUUGCCCUUACAUUAGGGCCCAAACGGAAGCUGUGACCUUCCUGGGACACCAGGACAGCGCCAGAAGCCUGUACGCGAUUCCUGGUCUUGACUAUGUUGCACACGAGGACAUUUUGCCAUACACGGCCAGUGAAAAUAGCACCCAGCCUCCCCUGCAGCACGAACUGUUUGACAAGUUCUUGUCUCCUGUGCCAAACAGAGAUCCUCCAUUUGGGGCUCAGCAAACUCUAAUCGCCUGGCAGCGAAAAAACCACCCAUGGCUUGAGCUGUCCGACGUGCACAAGGAGACCACGGAGGGAGUGAGAGUGACUGUAAUUCCCUUCUUCAUGGGAUGCAGAACUACGCAAUCAUCUAAUGUUUAUUGGUGGAGGUACUGCAUCAGGCUGGAAAAUCUGGGUCCGUUGCCCGUGCAGCUGCGGGAGCGGCACUGGCGCAUCUUCAGCCUGUCCGGCACCCUGGAGACGGUGCGAGGCCGAGGCGUCGUCGGGCAGGAACCCCUCCUCUCCGCAGCCCUGCCUGCUUUCCAAUACUCCAGCCACGUUUCCCUUCAGGCACCCUCAGGGCACAUGUGGGGCACGUUCAGAAUGGAACGCAGCGAUGGCUACAUGUUCGACUGCCGGAUUCCGCCGUUCAGCUUGGAAAGCAAACACGAGUCCGAGGCUCCGACGAACCAGCCUCCGGCGACAAACCAGUGAGACUGACCCCACUACACUAUGUAAACUCGUCUUUUUUCCUCUUGGAUGUCUUAAUAAAAGAACACUGUAUAGGACUAGCAAAUAAAAAUGCACUCGAAUCAAAA